GUGUGUACGUUUGGAUACCCAUAUAACACCCAUAGAAAAAGAGAGCCCACGGAAAAGAGAGGACCCGAAAGCUUUUCAGCCGGCGAAAAUCAUAUGUAACCCACUUUUCCACUCAGUUGCUAUUCUAUCGAUCUGGGGAUAACAUGCUAACGCUCCUGGUUCUCGUGCUCACCGCCGGACUUUUGCUAUAUGCCAAGCUCCGCUGGCAUUACAGCUACUGGAGCAGAAGGGGCGUGGCCGGAGAAAGGCCGGUGUAUUUCCGCGGCAAUAUGAGUGGACUGGGAAGGGACCUUCACUGGACGGAUAUCAACCUGCGGAUCUAUAGGAAAUUUCGGGGAGUGGAGCGCUACUGCGGCUACUUUACGUUCAUGACCAAGUCAUUGUUUAUUAUGGAUCUGGAACUGAUCCGCGAGAUAAUGAUCAGGGACUUUGCCAGCUUUGCCGAUCGAGGACUCUUCCAUAAUGUGCGGGACGAUCCGCUGACCGGGAACCUUCUCUUCCUGGACGGACCGGAGUGGCGCUGGUUGCGCCAGAAUUUGACGCAGGUGUUCACCUCGGGCAAGAUGAAAUUCAUGUUCCCCAACAUGGUGGAGGUGGGUGAGAAGCUGACGCAGGCGUGUCGCCUCCAGGUCGGCGAGAUCGAGGCCAAGGAUUUGUGUGCGAGGUUCACCACGGAUGUGAUCGGCAGCUGUGCUUUUGGCCUCGAGUGCAAUAGUCUUCAGGAUCCGGAGUCGCAGUUCCGGCGCAUGGGUCGAUCGGUGACCACGGAGCCCCUGCAUUCGGUGCUCGUCCAGGCCUUUAUGUUUGCUCAGCCGGAUUUGGCAAGGAAGCUGCGCUUCAGGCUCUUUCGUCCGGAGGUCAGUGAGUUCUUCCUGGACACUGUUCGCCAGACAUUGGACUAUAGGCGACGAGAGAAUAUACAGCGCAAUGACCUGAUCCAACUGCUAAUGGAACUGGGCGAGGAGGGAGUCAAGGAUGCCUUGUCCUUCGAGCAGAUUGCGGCCCAGGCACUAGUCUUCUUCCUGGCCGGGUUCGAUACCUCCUCCACCACCAUGUCCUUCUGUCUGUAUGAGCUGGCCCUCAAUCCCGAUGUCCAGGAAAGACUACGAGUUGAGGUACUCGACGUUUUGAACAGCAACAAUCAAAAGCUCACCUACGACUCCGUUCAGGAGAUGCCCUACCUGGACCAAGUGGUAGCCGAAACCCUUCGCAAGUAUCCCAUACUACCUCACUUGCUGAGGCGAUCCACCAAGGAAUACCAGGUACCGGGGAGCAACCUCAUCCUAGAACCGGGAACUAAGAUAAUAAUACCCGUGCAUAGUAUUCAUCACGAUCCAGAGCUUUAUCCCGAUCCAGAGAAGUUUGAUCCCAGUCGCUUUGAGGCAGAAAAGAUUAGGGCCCGACAUCCCUUCGCCUAUUUGCCAUUUGGCGAGGGUCCUCGCAACUGCAUAGGCGAGCGAUUUGGCAAGCUGCAAGUCAAGGUGGGUCUUGUGUACCUCCUAAGAGACUUUAAGUUUAGCAGGUCGCAGAAAACACAGAUCCCGCUGAAGUUUUCCAGCCGCAAUUUCCUUAUAUCCACUCAGGAGGGAGUUCAUUUGAGGAUGGACGCACUUGCCGCACAGUAGUAGUUGUCAUUUGAAAAUAUGUAUCAUACCGACAGCACGAAAUAUCUAUACAUAAGAAAGUUCUUAUCUACAAAA